AUGCACACGGAUCUCUUAACUUCCCCUGUGCACUGCUGUGCUCUCUUUGGCUUUCGUCCAUCAUCUCCGCUUCCCGCGUUUCUGUCCCUGUUCCUUCGUUACAUGGUUCUUGCGGGUUCCGAGCGCGUCGACUAUGCGGACGGCACGACGAGCAACGGCGACUUUUCGAACCGACUGCCUGCUCUGCUGCCAUGCUUGUUUCCCCCCUUCCUCCCCUCCUUCCUCCUCUGCGUGUGGGCCCCUGCCAGGUCGACAACUUGCGAGGCGGCGCUCAAGGGCCUGGCGACCACUCUGGCGUCGCAAGUGCACGGGGAGCUCCUGCAGGACAAGUUCAACACUCUCACGCAGGGUUUCUCUCGUGCCUUAGGAAGGGCAAGGCCCCCGAGCAAGUUCUCGCUGCCCGCUGCCUUGAUAGCUCUCCUUUCUCUUUUCUUCACCCCAACCACACGUCCUCUUGCCUUAGGUCUGCUGGCGCUCACCCUAGGGGCGUCUGAUUCGUGCGAGGAGCUGCUCUCCUCGUCGUUGCCGCAUCUGAGCAAGCUCGCUCGUGCUGCUGGCUGUGAGUGGGGCAACCAAAAGAACAGGGGGCGAGAGGAGUGUCUAGACGCCAUGGCCAUCAUCACCUUCGUGGGGGCCAGGGACGCACAUGUGACGGAGGAGAGCAUGAGCUUGCUGUGGCUCGUCGCCAACCCUCAGGGCGUCAGCAAGACAGUGGUACCAGCAGCAGUGAGGGGAUCAGCCAUCAGCAACUGGACCCUGCUGCUCUCCACGCUGCCCUCCACUCAGCUCUUGCAGUUCCACAUCCGCAGCUGUACGCUACUGCUCUCCACGCUGCUCUCUACUCAGCUCUCGCAGUUCCAAGCCCGUAGUGAACUUGAAGUUCUCUCCCGCUGUCUGCAAGACGCGGACUUGGGAGUGAGGGGGGCGGCAGACGAGGCCAUAGCACUCGUUCCUGCCUUACCGCAGUUAACCCCCUGCCCGUCUCUCCCCCGCCCUCCCACGCCCCACGUUCCAGUGAGCUGGAAGUUCUCUCCCGCUGCCUGCAAGACGCGGACUAAGGUUGAGCUUGAAGUUCUCUCCCGCUGCCUGCAAGACGCGGACUUGAAUGUGAGAGGAGCAGCAGGCGAGGCCAUAGCACUCGUGCACGAGCACUGCCCUGCGGACGCUGCCGACGAAGCUGGGAGCGGUGCAGGCUUGGGAGGAGGCUCGGCGAAUGGCUUGGCAAACGGUGGCGGGAACGGUGGUGUGGAGAGCAGUGACUCGGAUGACUCUAUUGUGGAUGGGGUGGUGCUGCCUGAUAAACCCGUGGGAGUGCCCCACAGGUGGGCGCCAGGGCAGUGGAACAGCACAGAGGGCGGUGGAGCAGAUGCAGCAGAUGAGGGCAGUGCGACGGUGCAGAGGGCGGUGGAGCAGAUGCAGCAGCUGACGGUGGGCAGCAGCAAGCAGAUGACCAAGAAAGACCGCCUCUCCCAGCGCCUGGCGUUUCGGGAGAUCCUCGGGGCAACUGGCAUUGCUUUGGGACCCUGCUUCCCUCCCAACCACACCUUCCCACGCCUUCCCACUCCCUCCCACCCUCUCCCACCUCCUCCCGCCCCCUCUCGUCCUCAUCAGGACAGCGGGCGUUGCUCCGAGACGGUGAUCAAGCUGGAACGCGGCGCUUCUUUUGAAUAUCUUCUCAUAGCCCCACUUCCUCCCACCCUUUCCCACCCCUUACCACCCCUCUCAUCCUCGUCAGGGCAGCGGGACAAUGGGCGCUGCUCCGAGACGGUCAUCAGGCUGAAGCACGGCGACUCGCUGCGUGUCGACACGUGGACGCUGACAGUGCAGCUAAAUGCUCUUCGGAGGUUCCUAGCGGACGGCUUUCAACGCCAUUUGCAGGUGCGACCCCUCCUCCUGCCCUCCUCCCUCCUGCCCUCCUCCCUCCUGCCCUCCUCCCUCCUCCCUCCUGCCCUCCUCCCUCCUGCCCUCCUCCCUCCUGCCCUCCUCCCUCCUGCCCUCCUCCCUCCUGCCCUCCUCCCUCCUGCCCUCCUCCCUCCUGCCCUCCUCCCUCCUGCCCUCCUCCCUCCUGCCCUCCUCCCUCCUGCCCUCCUCCCUCCUGUCCUCGUCUGCUCCUCCCUCCUGCCCUCCUCCCUCCUGCCCUCAUCUGCUCCUCCCUCCUGCCCUCCUCCCUCCUGCCCUCAUCUGCUCCUCCCUCCUGCCCUCCUCCCUCCUGUCCUCGUCUGCUCCUCCCUCCUGCCCUCCUCCCUCCUGCCCUCAUCUGCUCCUCCCUCCUGCCCUCCUCCCUCCUGCCCUCGUCUGCUCCUCCCUCCUGCCCUCCUCCCUCCUGCCCUCAUCUGCUCCUCCCUCCUGCCCUCCUCCCUCCUGCCCUCCUCCCUCCUGCCCUCCUCCCUCCUGUCCUCGUCUGCUCCUCCCUCCUGCCCUCCUCCCUCCUGCCCUCAUCUGCUCCUCCCUCCUGCCCUCCUCCCUCCUGCCCUCAUCUGCUCCUCCCUCCUGCCCUCCUCCCUCCUGCCCUCAUCUGCUCCUCCCUCCUGCCCUCCUCCCUCCUGUCCUCGUCUGCUCCUCCCUCCUGCCCUCCUCCCUCCUGCCCUCAUCUGCUCCUCCCUCCUGUCCUCCUCCCUCCUGCCCUCCUCCCUCCUCCCUCCUGCCCUCCUCCCUCCUGCCCUCCUCCCUCCUGCCCUCCUCCCUCCUGCCCUCAUCUGCUCCUCCCUCCUGCCCUCCUCCCUCCUGCCCUCGUCUGCUCCUCCCUCCUGCCCUCCUCCCUCCUGUCCUCGUCUGCUCCUCCCUCCUGCCCUCCUCCCUCCUGCCCUCAUCUGCUCCUCCCUCCUGCCCUCCUCCCUCCUGUCCUCGUCUGCUCCUCCCUCCUGCCCUCCUCCCUCCUGCCCUCAUCUGCUCCUCCCUCCUGCCCUCCUCCCUCCUGCCCUCAUCUGCUCCUCCCUCCUGCCCUCCUCCCUCCUGCCCUCAUCUGCUCCUCCCUCCUGCCCUCCUCCCUCCUGUCCUCGUCUGCUCCUCCCUCCUGCCCUCCUCCCUCCUGCCCUCAUCUGCUCCUCCCUCCUGCCCUCCUCCCUCCUGCCCUCGUCUGCUCCUCCCUCCUGCCCUCCUCCCUCCUGCCCUCAUCUGCUCCUCCCUCCUGCCCUCCUCCCUCCUGCCCUCCUCCCUCCUGCCCUCCUCCCUCCUGUCCUCGUCUGCUCCUCCCUCCUGCCCUCCUCCCUCCUGCCCUCAUCUGCUCCUCCCUCCUGCCCUCCUCCCUCCUGCCCUCAUCUGCUCCUCCCUCCUGCCCUCCUCCCUCCUGCCCUCAUCUGCUCCUCCCUCCUGCCCUCCUCCCUCCUGUCCUCGUCUGCUCCUCCCUCCUGCCCUCCUCCCUCCUGCCCUCAUCUGCUCCUCCCUCCUGUCCUCCUCCCUCCUGCCCUCCUCCCUCCUCCCUCCUGCCCUCCUCCCUCCUGCCCUCCUCCCUCCUGCCCUCCUCCCUCCUGCCCUCAUCUGCUCCUCCCUCCUGCCCUCCUCCCUCCUGCCCUCGUCUGCUCCUCCCUCCUGCCCUCCUCCCUCCUGUCCUCGUCUGCUCCUCCCUCCUGCCCUCCUCCCUCCUGCCCUCAUCUGCUCCUCCCUCCUGCCCUCCUCCCUCCUGUCCUCGUCUGCUCCUCCCUCCUGCCCUCCUCCCUCCUGCCCUCAUCUGCUCCUCCCUCCUGCCCUCCUCCCUCCUGCCCUCAUCUGCUCCUCCCUCCUGCCCUCCUCCCUCCUGCCCUCAUCUGCUCCUCCCUCCUGCCCUCCUCCCUCCUGUCCUCGUCUGCUCCUCCCUCCUGCCCUCCUCCCUCCUGUCCUCGUCUGCUCCUCCCUUCUGCCCUCCUCCCUCCUGCCCUCAUCUGCUCCUCCCUCCUGCCCUCCUCCCUCCUGCCCUCAUCUGCUCCUCCCUCCUGCCCUCCUCCCUCCUGCCCUCAUCUGCUCCUCCCUCCUGCCCUCCUCCCUCCUGCCCUCAUCUGCUCCUCCCUCCUGCCCUCCUCCCUCCUGCCCUCAUCUGCUCCUCCCUCCUGCCCUCAUCUGCCCCUUGUCCGGCUGAAUGCCCUCCGGAGGUUCCUAGCAGGUGUGCCCUCUCCUCUUCCCUCCCUGCCUGCCUCCUCCUCUCCUGCCCUACUCCAUCCCUGCCUGUCUCCUCCUCUCCUGCCCUCGUCCGUCCCUGCCUCGCUGCCCUCCUCUACUCCCGCCCUCCCUCUUGCUCCUUUAUCAAAGCCUGCAGCUACCAGCUACCUUCCCUCCCUCCCUCCCUAUUCAUACCCAGCUUUAUUGCCCAUUUGCGCUUCCUCCCUCCCUUCUUCUCUCCUGCGCUCGCUCGUGAAUCACGCAGUUCUUAGCAUUGAUAAACCAUCUCAAUCCUCCACUACACUCACGGCACAAUUCCUCGUCGCAUCGGCACCAGCAGCAGGGAUGGGGAGGUCCCCAUGCUCCCUGUCCCUCCCAGUGACCUCAUCCCAACCUUGGGGUGCAGUCACUGCGGUGCCGACACUGACUGGGUCCCCUGCACUGCUCCUUAGAACUGCCUCCGUGGACAGCGAGUUGCUGCACCAGGAGAACGAGGUGCUGCACCAGGUGUUCAACUACCAGCCUCGCCUGGAGAAAAAGGAGGUAUUCCAGACCCACCCCCACCUCUUUCCCCCCCGCCCCGCCCCGCCCCCGUUCUGCCCUCCCGCAUCACACACACCACCAGGAGAACGAAUUGCUGCACCAGUUGAGUUGAAUGGCAUCCUCCCCAAUCCCCUCUUCCCUCCACAUCCCCACCUUCCUCCAUAUCCCCUCCUCCCUCCACGUCCCCUCCCCCAUCCACAUCCCCCCCCACCUCCAUAUCCCCUCCCCCCUCCACAACCCUCCCUUCUUGGCAAAUAA